AUGGCACGUCUCGGAAAGUGCUUUGUCAAUGUCGCAACAGUGGUGAUGACGUUGGUGCUGAUUCUUCCGUCCUCGAGCCAUGCCGCUACGUAUUAUGUAGGGGACCAGGAUGGCUGGACUUACGAUGUUGACUUCGACUCCUGGGUUGCCGGCAAGACUUUCUAUGUCGGUGAUGUUUUAGUUUUCAUCUAUGACAACACCCAGCAUAACGUGUUCUCAGUCGAUGCAAAUGGGUACAACACAUGCUCAACGAACAAGUAUUACGGGAGCUAUGCUAGUGGCAACGACCAGAUAACACUGACUGCGGCUGGCGACUGGUACUUCAUUUGUUCGUAUCACUGCGAUUACGCUAGCCAGAAGGUUGCAAUCACUGCCUAUUCAUCGUGA